CGUCAGGGUCAUGCAGUUCACAUCAGUUCUUACUUGGGGUAUGUUGUUUAAGAACAGUGGUGUUAUGUUCUACUGUAGGUCUUUCCGAAGUGCUGGGGAGUCAUCAGUAUGUGUAUAUGCCGUUGCAUAAGGAAAUUUGUGUGCUUCCUGUGCUUAAUAAUCAGUUGCAAUCUAAAUUUCAUGUGUCAAAAAGGAAAAUCAAACUUUGCGACUGCAAAUCUCCUUCACAUUGCCCCUCAACAAUCAGUUCUUAGUGAUAUUAAAUCUCAUGCUUUAUAUCUGACAAUCCAUUUGAAUUCCAAUGCAUCACGAGAAUGUUUGGGAUCCGUUGGAAGAAUCGAGAAAUAUAUUAAUCAGAUUUGUCCACGUAAUAUGUGUGAAAAAUAUAAUGAGAUUCUAUACGGUGUUGGUUUCGGAAUCGACUAUUUCAGAAAGAUCAGUCCUCGUUUCCGUUUCAGGGGCAUCAAAAACUAUGAAUAUCGUGAAAGAUCUGGAAAGUAUGGUGAACUACCUAAAACUGGUGGUGAUAUAUUUGUUCAUGCAAAAUGUAAUGAUCAUGGCAUGUUGUUUGAUCUGGCAAAAUCCAUCAUUCAGAAUAUGCCGCAUGGAUGUGUGGAUAAAUUUGAAGAUAUUUACGGUUGGGUAUAUCGAGAUAGGCGUGAUUUGAGUGAAUUCGUUGAUGGCAAGGAGAAUCCUAAGUGUUUGGAUGAACGAGUAGAGGUGGCGAUCAACAAACGAACAGGUGGAAGUUACGCCGUUGUUCAGAAGUGGGUUCACAAUUUGAGCUUGCUCCAGGAGACAGCUGGUAAGAGAUAUCCUUUUGAAUGAAUAGUAAUCAUCUAUGGUUGAUCAAUUGAAAUUUCUGUUGUGAGUUUACGUUGAAUGUGCCAUCCAGUCUACGUUUGUUUUUCUUUAUGGCUGAUCGGCUUAGAUGAACUAUUUUCAUUCUAUAUCCAGUUUAUUGUGUUGAUUGAUAAUUCAGUUUAGAUCUCCAUAGAAAGCAUUAGUUGCCUCUAGAUUCCAUAUACAUUUUAACGAAAAAGCCAAAUGAGAUCAAUAUUUGUGAAUAAUCACUGAUAGCUUUGUGAUGUAAAUACUGUGAAUAAAAUUAUUGUCACUCGAUAGAUAACUCCUUUAUUUAAUUGGUCAUGAAAUCUGUGUUUAGUGAUCUGGAGUAGUGAUGAAAUGUGUAGUUCUAAACAAACACUUCCUCUCUUAAGCAACUAUUGCAAAUAAUGUUUACUGUUCAUUCAUAUGUAAUUAUGGAAUUCUAUUCAUGAUUCAUUAACGCCGGUUGGUUAUCUAAUUAAGCAGUCAUAUGUGUAUACACAGCUAUGUCAAAUGUAAGAAUAGAUCAGUGACUAUUGCGUAACGAUGUGUUCUGGUUGCUGAUUACAAUUUUAGUUGGUUCGGACGACAAGGAUAAUUUCAUCCGUUUAUUUGACCGUGUAACUUUUAUUUGUGCCUGUAAUGCAACAUGUCUAUUCAGUCCGUUCGCUGAUAUCUGAAAAAGUCAGUGUACAACACAACUCUAGAUUGGGAUGAUUAAUGACAUGUUUUGUAAAUUUCGAUGUUUUCAUGUCCACUUUUUUAUUUGUGAUUGUAUCCUAGAUAAACGUGACUUCUUGAUUGUGUAUACUGUAGAUGGUACUGAAACAAGACUCAUAAUGAAGGCGCUAAAACAAUGCCAAACUUUGAUUCAUUAACACUUGUAAAUCGGCCGAACAGUGAAUUUUUAACAUUUUAUGGACGUACGAAGUAGAAUCAUUCGAGUGUAUUCACUUCCUUAAGUAAUAUUCAAGGAAGCAUGAUCAUGACAAUUGUCUUGAGAGUUUAUUGUCACAUAUUUUGUUUUGUAGAUGAGACAAAAGAACAAUGGAUUGGUCGAACUCUGAAAGACAGCUUUGAGUUGAUAAGAAAACCGAAUACAUCACAUGUUGCCAGAAUGGUUGGAUCUGACGAGUUUAAAGCUAAGAAGAAACAUAAAAUUGUUCGACAAGCUCAACCAUUUGGAACUUUAUCUGGAGGUGCUGGUCUCUUAUUCAUAGCAUACGCAGCAGAUACAAGGAAUUUCGAUUUCAUGUUGGAUCGAAUGACUGGUGAUAGUGAUGACAAGAUAAAUGAUAAUUUAAUGAUUUUCAGCCGAUGUGUUACAGGAAACUAUUGGUACUUUCCUGGUCAGCUUGAAUUUAACUUUCUAGUCCACAAUCUACCAAUAGAAAUUUUGUUGUAAUCAAGUGGAAUGUUGAUUCAGCUAUGUACACUAUUUAUCUUUUUAGUUCAUUUCAAAUAUUUUGCACCAAAUGUAGUUUUACUAUUUA